AUGGAUAAUUCUACCUCUGCUUCCACUUCUGAAGCCAUUGCUGCCAGGAUUGCGAAAAUGACCGCAGAAAAGCAGGAUGCGGAAAUGUCCGAUUCAAACAAGUUUACCGACGACAUUGUAAAGGUUGGCGAUGUGGCAUCGCUUCUCCAGACAGUGUCUGGAAAGGUAUCCGUUCAACUGGCAGAUCAGCAGGCAGAUGUGAAUUCUCCUCUUUAUUCGGCAUCCUCGUUUGAAGAAUUGGGACUGCCUGCAGAAUUGCUGAAAGGAAUUUACGCGAUGAACUACAACCGUCCCUCAAAGGUCCAAGAAAAGGCCUUGCCAAUUUUACUUCGGACAAAGGGAAAUUUAAUCGCCCAAUCUCAAUCGGGAACAGGAAAAACAGCUGCGUUUGCCCUGACCAUGCUGGAACAGAUAAAUCCUUCUCUUGAGGGAGUGACACAGGCUCUUUGUCUUUCGCCUUCUCGUGAAUUGGCCCGCCAAAUAGAAGAUGUUGUUCUAAAGAUGGCCAAAUUCACAACAAUCACCAUAGGAACCGCAUUGAGGGAAGGAAAUUUAGAUGAAGCUGUCAAUCGGCAAAUCGUCAUUGGCACUCCGGGCACAGUUUUGGAGCUCAUCCGCAGACGGAUGUUGGAUUUGAGUCAGCUGCGCGUGCUCGUUUUUGACGAAGCCGAUGUGAUGUUGGACAAGCAGAACCUUGGUACCCAAUCUGUACGUGUAAAAGCAGCUUGCCCAUCCACCGUUCAGACAUUGCUUUUCUCAGCAACCUUCAAACCAGAAGUCAUGGCGUUUGCAAGUCGAGUUGUGCCAAACCCAAACAUUCUCUCCCUCAAGAAAGAGGAGCUCAGUAUUGAUGCCAUUACAGAAUUUUACAUGAAAUGCGAAAAUUCCAAGCAUCGCCUCCAAAUGCUCGCUGCAAUUUAUGGACUCCUUUCGAUGAGCCAGUCGAUUAUUUUUGUUGCGACCAGAAAUGCUGCAGAGGAAGUUCAGGCCUGGAUGACAUUGGAGGGCCAUCAGACUGCCGUUUUACACGGAGGGAUGGACUCAGAUGCCAGAGAUGCCAUUAUUGAUGAGUUUAGGGCUGGCCGCUCCAGGGUUCUGAUCGCCACCAAUGUCCUUGCCAGGGGAAUCGAUAUUCCUCAAGUUUCGCUUGUCAUAAACUACGACCUUCCAGAGACCGCUGAUCGUAAAGUAGAUCCGGAAACCUAUCUUCAUCGUAUUGGACGAACAGGGCGCUUUGGUCGCUCUGGAAUAGCCAUAAACAUGGUGCAUGAUGCCCAUUCGUUUGACAUUCUUAUGGCAAUCCGCACCUUUUUCAACAAGCCGAUGAAAGAAAUUCCGACCAACGACGUUUCUGCAAUUGACGAGUCUCUCAACAGUGCUUAA